GGGAUUUCUCCUUCAAUGGCGACUGGAAAAUGGCGGAUAGAUAGACAACAAGCGCAGCGCUCCGGCGCAUUCUAUUGGUCAAUAUUGAUCACGUGGUGUUAAGCAAUACUGUCAUGGCCGCCCUCAUAAACCAUGUGUUGUCAAAAAAUCAUCAAAUUCUCGCUAUAUCUUCAUUGAGGAAUUUGGAUUUUGCCCAGAAGAGAUAUUAUCCGAAGAAGAACUACAAACAGAAAAUUCCCAAAGUCGAAGUACCGAAAUGCAGAAAGUUACAAAGUACACAGGAGUCCGUCGCUGCUCGGGGGUUCCUCAGGUGUCAAAAAGAGUACGAACCGAAGGAAAACUACGAAAAAGAACUGAAAACUAUUUACAAUUCAGUCGUGGGCGAUGAAAGUCAAGAUAUAUCCCAUUCGGUCAAGUUUGAAUUAUUCAAUGAAUGCUUCAAAAGAUUCAACCACUCCGUACCGAACUCAAUCCUACACACCAUAAAACGUUAUGACGAUUUGCUGGCAUUUUAUGGAACUCCUGUAAGCGAAGUGUUACCCCUUGAUAAGCUUAAAUCUAUCGAUUUGCCUCCAAACCUCCACAUCCAGUAUGAACCUCUGCGUUUCCACCCUGAUGAUGAUACUAUGUUUAAAGGACAAACAGCAUUUCCAAAGAGUAAUACGCUAGUCACAGGAAUCAGAACGAGAAAGAAGUACAAAGGGUGUAAGGUUGUAGAUAGUUGGCCAGAGGCUUAUUAACAAUGUAAAAUAAAUAUGUUUAUUGUCUUAUUUA